CACUGGAUAUAAUAGCUCCUGACUAUAUACCCUGUGGAUAUAGCUCCUGACUACUGUGGAUAUACAGCUCUGUGGAUUAUAAAGCUCGGACUACACGUCUGUGGAUUAUAAAGCUCCUGACCACCCCCCUGUGGAUUGUAUCACUGCAGGAUUCCGUCCAGCAUGGACUUUGCGUACGUCGUCUUCUUCCACAUCACGUAUCUCAGCUUCCUCGGCUCCGUCGCGGGAAGGAUCGGACUCCAUGGAGAGAGAAAAACGUGGAAAUUUCUUGAGGUGCGCAGAGCCAGAAGGGACCUGCAGACACCCGUCCAAAGUCCUGACGCAAUCGCAACGUUGUCAUUCGUCAAGCCGGAAGAUACCAAGGAUUCACGUCUGCCCCAGAGCAGCAACGUCGCCCACAUCCGUGUAAAGAGAUACAGGCACAGCUUCGGCAACUACCCCCAGAUGUCUAGGGGCUGCAAGUUCGGCACCUGCAUAGUGCACAACUUGGCCAACCAGAUCUACCAGUACACCGACAAGGACAAGGACAUCACCGCGCCGGCCAGGAAAAUCAGCUCCCAGGGCUACGGCCGCAGGAGGAGAAGGUCCGUCCCGGAGAGGAGGCUUCUGAUGCCCUUCGUGGACGGCGCCUUCAGACCGCGGUGGGUGAGAAGAACCAACCCGGCCACCACCCGGCAACUCCGCCCGACCAAAGGCAAAAUGUGGCCGACCUUACUGAGGACUUAAACAAGAAAGCGUGGACUCGGAGGUGUGGAAUACUAUGAAGGGUUAAGGUCCCCCCCGAUUGAGGAGGACGCGUAGAAUUCCUCGUGCCCGGCGCGUGCGGCGCUGGACACAAGACGAGGGAUCGAUCAUGGAGGACUGGUGGUCGGAGAACGGUCUUCGGUGGCUCGGACUCUUCCGCCGCGGACCGAGGUGAAAUGCGACAUUUUGCACUUAGUGACUUUAAUGAAUGUGAGCACUGACCAAGACCGGAGAGAGGGCAACGCGUGGGGGGGGGGGGCGGCGCCACGAGCGCAGAGAAGGACUUGGCACGGGUCGUGGUGCUGUAGAACAUUUCUGAUGGAGUCUGUAGCUGAAUUAACUGACCUCAGAGCGGGACUCGGUGCACUCAGUCCCAAAUGUGACUUCUGAUUCAUGGGGGGGGGGGGACAGGGGACACCUCGGCGGUCUCUUCCCUCCCCCCCCCCCCCCAGGACUGUCUCCCUCUCCCCCCAUCCUCUCACUGCCAAUGGACCUGUUACAAUGUAUCACGGUCCUUACGGAGACCAACGUUUCCCGGACCCUUAAUACUUGAACCUGAAGUGCAAUAUGUUUGUUUUUGGAUAUUUAAUGCUACUGUUUAUUAUGUGUUUGUUUUGUCCAAAGCAGAAGUUAUUUUUUUACCAGAUUCUUAUAUGAUAAGGGCAUUAUUAUUAUUAUUAUUAUUAUUAUAUAUAUAUAGAAAUCUAUCAAUCUAUGUAUCUCGUAUUGUAUGGGAUGUGUUUUGUAUUUUGCAUUCCUCGGGGACGUCGCUCUCCGUAUGUUACGUUUUGUUAUAUACAUCCCCCCCCCCCCCCCCUGUGGGUUACAUUGAAUAAAAGAAAAAGCA